AUGUCGCGCGUCAAGGAGCAUCUAGGUGUCAUCAUCUUGGGCGUCUUCAUCGUCGUCGCUGUGAUUGCCCCAGCAUGUUGCAUUAUUUGGGCUAGGAGAAGGGAGCGUAGGAAAUAUCACCCCACGUCAAAAUCAUUCCGGAAGGCGAGAGCCAAACUCGUGGCAGUCGCCGAAUACAGAAAGGAUACUGAAAAGUGCCUCGGCGGAGGUGAUGCUGAGUGGACUGGAAAUUGCCCCAUUUGCAUCGGCCCAUUGACGGCGGAGAACAACGAGACUACCGCUGAAGAUGCACGCCCCAACAGGGGGUGCCGCGGAAUGCGCGACCAGCAGCAGCGCCCAAGAUGCGUCUGGAAGCAGCAAAGAAAUGACGACGGCAGCAACAGCCUCGACAGCCCCGACAACCCAGCCCCAGCACGUGGGCCAGACGGGAGCUUUGCCGGCAGCUGCCGUCGAGCGGGUAGAGGAGAAAGAGUCUGA